GUGAACAAAUCAAACGCACCUCCACAAAACCAGGAAAUGGGGAGGUGUCACGUGACCGUGUUUACUUCAAAUAAGACUGAAUAAACUUCUGCUCGGAGCAACAAAUGUUUCAUCUUUGACGAGCGUGUCCGCGGACAGGUGAGCAGUUGAGUUCGACAGUCCUCAGCUGAUAAAGAUGAGCCUCUUUCAAGACCGAGCACAACAAUUGGUGGCUGCUUAUGGUCGCACGUUGGAGCAGCAGAUGGUGAAGCGAGGCUCCUACCUGGCGUGUGGAGACGAGGAGCUGUGGAAGCAGGUGGAAGCGUUACUGAGGGAGGACAAUGCUUCGCAAACGCACUGCUUGGGUGUGGAUGUUCUGAAGGUGAUGGAGGAGUCACUGAAAACAAAGACUCCAAGAGCAGGCAGCGGCAAACAAGUAAGAGCAAGAGGAGGUCUGCAAGGUCUAAAUAAAGCUUUUGAGGUUCUGGAACAAGCUGCUCUAAACCUCUACCUCGGACCCUGGAGGGAGGAGUACAAGGAAGUCAAGAUGUACUCGGGCAUGUUCACACACUACAUCAAACCCGUGCUGUCCGCCACACAAAUCGAGAAACUUUUCGGUUUGCUGGGAUAUCAGUACUCGACGCGGCGUGAGCAACUUCGGCUCCAGUCCCUCAGAGUCAGCCCGGACAUUUUGGACAAUCUUCUCCACCUGUCCUGCGCCUUCUUCCUGGCCCGCUGCGAGUGCCGCCUCCUCCUGGCAGCCCUGGAGAAUGACGGCGGUGACGCCCAGUGGGAGCUGUGUGUGGUCAGAGAGAGGCAGCGGGGACACAGCCUCAAGGUUGCGCUGGACAACACAAAGAGGAUGAUGGGAGUCAAGCAGCCGCUGAUGGAGUCUGAUGCAGAGUCCGAAGUGGAUCUCUACACAGACGGGCAUGUUAACCAGGGCCAGAGGGUGAUGGUUGUUCGCGAUGACGACAGUUCGCAAAUGCCGGCGUGGGACGUCGGCAACAGCGGAUCUUUGUCCUUCCAAGCCACGGGAGAACGCUCUUGCGUUUCAAUGCUGAAAUGCCAGCUCAGCAGUAAGUUAGAAGCAGAAGCAGGCGGAGGCUCCUUAGUUAGUGUGAGGCGACACAUGUCUGCUGGUGAGGAGUCUGUUGAUGCAGAGUUCCAACCCCGCAGUCUACAAGUUGGCAUGACCGAGGCGGAGAGGGUCAACAUUUGCAGUUGCCUCCGAUCCCCUAACUUCUACCUCAAGCAGUGCAUUGAGUGCAACGCUGUCCAUGACGCCUCCUGUGCUGAGCUCCAGCGUUGCUCCCAGGAAGGCCACCAGCUGCAUCCCCUUGACAUGAUAAAGGAAUCGACGGCGCCUGCAAGCCACAACGCCAGAACACCAGAGCCAGCCUUCAGCGGCAGCAGUGCCGACAUGGCGGCUUUAUCUCUGAGCGACAAGCCCAAGUCUCUGAGCAUCAGCCAUCCUCCAAUCAGCUACCACGAUUGCUGCAACGGCAGCUGCCGCGACCCUGCGGUCGCAUGUCUCACCUGCCGUCUUUUCCACAAAGCGUCUUGCAAAGACGUCAAGAUGUGCCAAAGUCAGCACUCACUGAAACACUUGGGUCUGUGCGCCUGUGGGAGAAAGUGCUCCAGGAAGCCAAUGGUUCUGUGCUGUCACUGCGGGAAAGAGUUCUGUAAAGACUGCUGGUACUUACAUCCUUACAUCUGCACCUGCGGCCAAACGUUGGAACCGUCAUCGUCUGUGUGAUUCGUGUUAAACCGCUUUGGUAUUGUGCCUUCAAUGCCCAUGAAUGUUGCCUUUUCUCGAAAGACAAAUGCAGUGUGAUGUUAUUUUAUGUUUAUACUUACAUUUUUAACACAAUUGAAGUCUUUGAAUGGACUUUUUUUAAUAUAUAUAAAAUUGUUGGGAUGUCUGCUUAAGUCACAUGAGUUUGAAAAAUGUCUUGUUCUCGUCUGAAAACAAGUUAAUUGUAUUAAAUGCAAAGUUUAAAUGGGAAACUACUUGAUUAUAUGUUUUAAUAAAAUCACAAGCACAUACAGUAUAAAUAUCUGAAAUUGUCUGUUAGUCCAGUCACACCAAGGUUGCAUCUCAAAUGAAAUCAUUUAUCAGUACACUUCAAUAAGUAUACUGUGCAGUGUUAUUCAGGGCUGGAACGGUUUGGAACUUCUCAGAGUCUGUGGUCACAAUUUCUGGUUCAGUAUGCUUUGUUGUUUUUAAGUGCCCACAAUACCUUCAAUGAUGUAAUGUAUAGUUACAGACCUGCCAACAUUUGGUGUUUGCAAUCCAGUAGAUCUGCUUCAUGCACUUGUGUCUAAGCUCCAUACUUAGAAAAUACUUCAUUAGUGCUGUGCUGUUGAGACUGUCAGGGUAGAUUGCAGGUGUUCCUUUUGUGAGACGACUCCUGCACUGAUUUUAAAGAUAACAUACACAUCAUUGCACAUCUAACAGUGGCGGGCCGUGCGUUUCUCACCUGGGCCUUCAGUGAUGUCCUACUUAGUCCGACUUCACCUCUGAAGAUACUGUAAUUUAUGUCACCACAUGAACACGGCUGGAGAUACUAUACAGAAACACACUUGCACGCUACUGUGUUUUGAACCCCUCAACAGUGUACAAAACGGUCUAUUUUUUGGCGCAUUUAACAUUCAAUAAACCCGCUUCAGCAAUUAAAACAUAUCUUAUGUGGUACUGUCAAAAUUAAAAGGAUUGUACAAAACAAAUGAAACAUGAAAAAAUAAAAUAUUUGAACUCACAAUUUAUAGCACCCAUUCGACGCCGUAUAAGCCAGUGGUACCGUCGUAGUCAGUAGUUGGUCGUGGUCGGUUGAUUCGUGUGAAAGCCGCGGGCAAACCAUUUCACCAUCGGGAUAGCUUCCGGUGUUGGCCGACCUCGUCUUACAAGAUGUAGUUUCUCUUCAAUAUCCUUCUUGAAAAUGGCCUUGCAAAUAUAUAUCUGCCACCUAAUCAACAUUUUGCACUCCUUAAGUGAGUACCGGUGAGUUUUCUAUGGCUACGGUGCCACUUCCUGUUUUUGCAACUUGUGAUUGGAUACUCACUUGGGACUCCCAAGUGAGUAUCCAAUCACAGCGUAAAGCCAGCUAGAAGGCCUUACUGACAACUCGGGAUUUGAUUGGCUAUGGCAAUUGUCUAUCAACUGUAUGUGUCAGUUUACUUACAGUGCACAGAUGCCUGCAUUGUUGAUUCUGAAGGCCCCGGGCAGAUUUGGUACAGCAUGGCAACAUAAGCUAGCUAAAUUCUGAUUGGAUACAAACUCUAACCUAAAAACAACAGCUCUGGAAGGAACAUAAUAUGACAUGAAGAGAAUAAUAUAAUAAUCUUUAAUCAUGAUGAUGGCUUCCUCCCACCUCCAAAGACAUGCACCUGGGGAUAGGUUGAUUGGCAACACUAAAUUGGCUCUAGUGUGUGAAUGUUGUCUGUCUAUCUGUGUUGGCCCUGUGAUGAGGUGGCGACUUGUACAGGGUGUACCCCGACUUCUGCCCGAAUGCAGCGGAGAUAGGCUACAGCGCCCCGAACGGGACAAUCGGUAGAAAAUGGAUGGAUGGGAUGGAUUUCUGGUUAUGUUAGGCCAGCAGAGAAGGUCUUGUUGGCCCUGACGGCACACCGCUGACAUGUGAUAUAUCAUAUAUUGAUGAACAAAGGUGUUAUGUGCCAGUCAUCUGUGGUAGUUUUUUCUGGAUGGGAAACAAAAAUGCGCACAACAGCCGGUGAGUGUGUUUUUACGUCGAACAUAUUUUGUGUUAGAUGGACAUUUUUUAAAACCGCUGUGGAGGAAAUAAGCGCUUAAAAAAAUACCCCUUGUCAUGAAUUCCUGCUUUAGAGUUGUAUAUUCCGACAGUUUGCGUCAUUGAAUGUGUCCUGAGUGGCGAAUGGAUGACCGUGGGGAAAGUGUGCACUUUGAUACAGUUGUAUAUGUUUUCAUAAAGUGAUUGUUGAUCGACCACC